AUGAGCGACACUGACAUACCACGUGCGCAUCGCAGUCGCAACCGCAGCGCACGCGGCGAAUCGUCCAGAAGAGACCGACCGCGGAAAAAAGAGUCGCGCACAAGGAGAGGGGCGAGCAGCGCUGAUGAAGGAAGAGCCGACAGACGCAGCAGAUCGCAGUCGCUCUCGGCGAAUGCGCUGGCGCAACUAAACCAGGACAAUGUGAGACAACAAAAACAUGCCGACCGAGAGCGGAGAAAACGGGACCGAGAGCGCGGGGAAGGGCAUGAUGAGAGAGCCCGAGAGCGCUUGGAGAGACAGCAGCGGCGGGAGCGAGAGCGGCGGCGAGAAAGAGAGGCUGAAAGAGACCGGGACAGGGAACGGGAGAUGGAAUGGGAACGAGAAAGACAACGGGAACGGGAACGAGAGCAGCGGCGGACAAGAGGAAGAGACAGGUCGCCGAGCCCAGAUCCAGAGACCGAGCCCGUGAUAAUACCAAAGAAAUACCAGAAACCCGGCCGGCAAAAGAAAAAGUCCAGAGUUGUAAGCGGAGCGGUAAUGGAGGAGGGGAGGUCAAAAGGAUGGGGAUUUGGCUUUGGAGGUUGGGGAAACCAUUCUCGAGACGGAAGUUAUGACAGCCUAAGAAAGGAGGAGUUAUACAGCCAACCAGAGAAGAAGAAAAAGACGACAUGGUCCAAGAGAAAGAAGUGGAUCGUCGGCGGCAUCUGUGCCGUUAUUCUUCUGAUCAUCAUCAUUGUGGCAGCGGUUGUCGGCUCAAAGCACAAGUCUGGAAGUAGCAGCGACUCGUCCGGUCCUAAAGCAAGCAACAGCGACGUACCGGCCAAAUGGAUAAACACCUAUCUAGACCCUACUACUUGGGCGAGCACAGAGGACUUCAACACUACAUUUACGGAUGUCAUGGUUGGAGAUCUUCCCAUCAUGGGCCUCAACUCAGACUGGGAUGAUUCUGCACAGGCAAACGACAAGGUGCCCGCUCUGAACAAGCCGUGGGGAAACUACUCAAAGACUCCCGCCAGGGGUGUGAAUUUGGGAGGAUGGCUAUCCAUUGAGCCUUUCAUCACACCGUCCCUCUUCAACUACCCUUUAAGCGCUGGGGUGGUUGACGAGUGGACGCUCUGCAUUCAUCUUGGAUCCCAGGCUGCGAGCACAAUAGAAAACCACUACAACACGUUUGUCACUGAGAGCACGUUCCAAGACAUUGCCAAUGCUGGCUUGGACCACGUCCGGAUUCCGUUUUCUUAUUGGGCCGUCAAGGUCUAUGAUGGCGACCAGUACAUCUACCGAACCUCGUGGCGAUAUCUUCUACGCGGUAUCGAAUGGGCCAGAAAGUAUGGUCUCCGGGUCAAUCUGGACAUGCAUGGCUUGCCCGGGAGCCAAAACGGAUGGAACCACAGCGGCAGGCAGGGCGCGAUCGGCUGGCUCAAUGGCACGAACGGCGACCUAAACGCACAGCGGUCGCUUGAUAUCCACAACAGCCUCUCCCAGUUCUUCGCUCAAGACAGAUAUAAGAACAUCAUCACGCACUAUGGCCUGGCCAACGAGCCGCGCAUGACCUUUCUCAAGGCUAGUACCGUUGUCAACUGGACGGAGACAGCCUACAAAAUGGUCCGCAAGAACGGUUACAACGGGCUGGUCAUCUUUGGUGACGGCUUCAUGGGUCUCGACAACUGGCAAGGGAAGAUGCAGGGCUACGAUGGCCUGGUCCUCGAUGUCCACCAAUACGUGAUCUUCAACCAGAACCAGAUCGACUUUACGCACCAGAAGAAGGUCCAGUACGCAUGCCAGGGAUGGACGCAGCAAGCCGAGCAGAGCCAGGACACGAGCACAGGCUACGGGCCUACGCAGUUUGCCGAAUGGUCGCAGGCAGACACGGACUGCGCGCAGUAUGUCACAAACGUUGGGCAGGGCAACCGCUGGGAGGGCACGCUCAACACCGGCAACGCAAGCACGGCGAUUCUGACGCCAGACUGUCCGACCAAGGACAGCAAGUGCUCGUGCGACCAGGCCAACGCAGACCCGAGCAAAUGGAGCUCCGAGUAUAAGCAGUUUCUUACGAUGUUUGCGGAGGCGCAAAUGUACAGCUUCGAGAAGGGGCUGGGCUGGUGGUACUGGACGUGGCAGACGGAGACAUCGCCGCAGUGGAGCUACAAGGCCGGAAUGCAGGCCGGCGUGCUGCCGCAGAAGGCGUGGGAUAGGAGCUUUAAUUGUGAUACGGAUGUGCCUGAUUUUUCAAAGAGCGGGUUGCCAGAGUAUUAUUGA